GCGUUACAUCUGCCAUUCUCUCCCUCAUAUUUAAACGGCCUAUAUCAACCUAAAUAACAAUACACAUACAUCACUAUGCACUAAGGGGAUUACAAAACACACAAUAUAUCGAAAAAUGACCUAACUCAAAACAUCAUGAAACAUACUUACGCUGUUUUAGCGCUGUGCCGUUCUGCGCGCGCAUCGCUCCCCUGAACAUUUCACGCAAGCGAGCGUCACUCCGCCAGUAGGGCCCGUGCUGAGCGGACGUCGACGCGUAAUAGCUUCGCCGCGUUCGUCGUUCGUCAUUCGAAUUUAGAACUUUAAUUUAAAUAAGUGUUUUAAUUUUUUUAAACAUAGUGCGUUUUUAGUGCCGUUUGGAUUUGGAAUUUUUCGUACGUUAUUGUGUAUGGACCUAUGUUUUGAUCUGUAACAAUGAUGGGUGUCAGUUGUAUGAGCGUACGGCAGGCUAGGGGCGCUUGCCACUGCCCCGCGUGCCCUAGGGCUUCGCAUUUGCCUCCGCAGACGUUGGUCCUGCCCCCGAUGGCCUUGGAGCCCGAAACCACCCCCGUUAAGGACAAAAAGGGGGGCAAGAUGAAGGUGCUUAAGAAAAUUAAGAAGAAGAUUGGAUUAGCGCCCCGCACCUCCUGCACCGGCGGCGCCCCCAACAACCUGCCCCCGCUGGGCUUCCACAGCGUCCACGGAGAGAACAUCAGGAUAUCCAGGGAUGGAUCUGUCGCCCGACGAGUCGAAAGCUUCUGCAAGGGCGUCGCGUUCAGCGCGAGGCCGGUCAGGGUUAAUGAGAAGGUCUGCAUUCGCUUCGUCGAGAUCUCCAACAGCUGGAGCGGCGUCAUCCGCUUCGGCUUCACCACCCACGACCCAACGACCCUGUCCCACUCGCUCCCCAAAUACGCCUGCCCCGAUCUCACCAACAAACCCGGUAACUGGGCCAAGGCUUUAGGCGAGAGGUUCUGCGAAAAAGACAACAUCUUGUACUACUACGUGAACUCCGCCGGAGAUGUCCACUUCGGCGUCAACGGAGAGGAUAAAGGGCUCUUCUUUACAGGAGUAGAUACUCGCUCGCCGCUCUGGGCGCUUGUAGAUGUAUACGGAAACUGUACAGCAGUUCAAUUCGCUGAUCCGAGAGUCCCGAAUCAAGUUAGAAGACCGAAUCAAAGUCCUGUAGAAGAAGACAGACUUAUAUCUGGAAUGCGAUCACUGUCUGUUGAAGAGCCACUCCCGCAGCCUAGAUACCAGAAUCCAUUAGUGCCUCUAAGCCUACACAGGACUAAAGGGAGGAACGUGCAGUUUAUUAACGAUAGAGGGGUCGCAGCUAGGAUUGAGGCUGAGUUCUGCCAAGGAUACGUGUUUACUGCGCGUCCUAUGCGUCCAGGGCAAACGAUCGUAGUCCAAAUCCUCUCUACAGAAACCGCCUACGCCGGCAGCUUAGCCAUCGGUCUGACCUCCUGCGACCCAGCGACAUUAAGAUCUUGUGAUCUACCUGAUGAUGCUGAACAGCUUCUAGACCGUCCAGAGUAUUGGGUCGUGCGUAGAGACGCCGCCAACGGUUUACGCAGAGGCGACGAGCUGGCUGUAACUUUAACUUUAGACGGUGAAGUCCGCGUUAGCAGGAAUGGAUCGAAUCCUAUCACAGUCAUGCACGUAGACCACACCUUAAGGUUAUGGGCGUUUGUGGAUAUCUACGGGGCUACGCAGAAAGUUAGGAUGUUGAGUACGCAGACGGCUCAGACGCCGCCGCAGCAGCUGAGGGUGCUGGCGGGCUCGGCGCAACCGAUACAGACUAGUGCCGGGGGGACCGUGCUGGUCGUGAGCCUGCCGCCGCAGAAUGGUGCUCAGAAUGGCGGCAAUCAGCAGAUGACGUUGGCCAGCGCGCAUUAUAUUGAGCCAAUCCAGUCAUCCCAGCUCUGCCUGAGCAGCCUCCCCCCCAUGUCGCCUCCGGCGUGCUCGCCCGCCCCUCCCCCCUACCCGCGCCGCGCGCCCGCCCCCGCGGCCGACUCGUGCUCGGCCACCCAGAACAGCUGCAACGAGCUCGUCAACAUCCAGCCCGAGCGGGUCGAGCGGCCCUCCACCUCCCGACAACCCAACCACCACCAGCCCAUCUACUCCGUCAUCGGCGAGGGACAGAACCUCACCGGCACCGAGUGCACGAUCUGCUACGAGAACCCCAUUGACUCUGUGCUGUACAUGUGUGGACAUAUGUGCAUGUGCUAUAGGUGCGCGGUUCAGCAGUGGAGGGGCAAAGGUGGAGGCCAGUGUCCGCUCUGUAGAGCCCAGAUCAAAGAUGUAAUUCGUACGUAUAAGUCUUGAUUUAAUUCUUUUUUUAGGGCGUACGGUGUUGCCAGGUGAAAUUAAAAAAAAUGUUAUAACUGUUGAUUUGAACUGGCGAUGCUGAUUAGUUAUUGUACUUAUUGAUUCGGUUAGGAGAUUGCCAAAUAUCACUUGACGUUAUUUAUUUUGACAUUUGCACUUGGCCGCUCGAACUUAUCUUUGGUGAAUGGUUGCCUAUAGGUUGCCUUUUCAAAUGUCAAGGGUGAGUUCGAGCUGUCAAAUUAAGUUAAGGCACUGACACUUAGUAUAUGACGUGACAUUGAUAUGAGCACCUUACUUCGUCCACUUAAAGAAAUUUUACAUUUCUCCAAAACAUUGAAAGUUUACGAAUUUUGGAGUUCUGUUGUACACUAUUUGGACUUAAUAUAUGACAAAAACUAUAUAUAAUAAUGGAAAAAUCUAAUAUAUAACCUAAAAUAUGUAACUAUUGGUAUAUUAGUUGCUUUAUAAGGUCAAAAUUAUUAUUUCGAAUUGAUAGUAACUGUUUUGAUUUAUGACUGUGGAAAAAUUAAUGUGUAAUGAAUACUGGCAGUUUAGAAAAGUAUUUUACGGCCAGUAUUUUUUUUACUACCAACAGUCUUUUUUCAAUAUUGGCAACUUAAAAACCCGACUGUCAGGAUGAAGAUAAUCUUUAAAUAAAUAAUCUUUAAUCUUUAAAUGCAGUGUUCCUAUAUGAACUCGCUUGCAUUUAAAAAUGUUUCAGUUGCCAAUUUGGAAAGAUAUUGUUUUACUGACUGUCAAAUGUAGACUUUCACAGAAGGAACUUGAAUGUAGCUAAUUUAAAUGAAUAUUUGGUAGUCUAAUAUAUGUAAUUCACAUGUAAUGCUAUAUGGAAUCAAUAUAACAAAAUAUUAUUUUGAAACAAUUUAUAACAUGGAACAGUAAUUUUAACAUGAUAAUCAAGUUUUGAAAAUAAAAUAGAAAAUCAUUAUAAAUGCACAAAUUCUUAUAAUACAAAAUUGAUUUAUAUGCUAUUUGUAUAUAGUAUUACAUGUGAAUGAUAUAAAUAUGUACGAAAGAGGUAGUAACGGCUAGGUAUUAAAAUAAGCAGAUAGGGUUCCUAGCUUACAUUGUUCACUGUCUAUGCGUAUACCGGAACGUACUAUAAACAUUGAAAAAAAAAAGUUACAAAAUAUGUGGCAACACUUUUGGUCAAUAUAUAUUGUAUACGAUUUAAUGUUGCCACGUCACAUAAAGGUAUGUAAUCAAAUCUGUUAAGUAACGCAAUAUAUUUUCUAAUUGAAUAAUUCGUUUUGAUGAAUAAGAUGUCAAUUCAUGAUCUUCCAUAGACUAUAUACCUUCUACAAUUUUUUUCUGUUUAUGGUUCGUUUCGAUGCACGCAAAGAAAACAUGGCUACGAAAAUACGUACGUCCAUAAUGUCCAUAUUGAUUAUAAAUUGAUGAUAUAUGAUAAUCGCAUUUAAUGGUUUUUUGAUCAUAUCAUUGUUUCUACGUGUUACCGAGGUCAUUAGCUUACAUUUACUAUAGUACAAUAUUUUCAUUUUACAUUAGUGAAUGUUGGGCUAUGGCCUAUGGGUAGGGAGUUCCUAUUUGCGGUUUUUUGGUAAAUUUUCUCUAUGGUCGCUCGAUUAAUGCUUCAAAAUGACAUUUUUAAAAUAAAGACGAAGAUUAACUUCAUAUUAAAGGCUGCUAAUUUUACUGAUUGUGACGUUAGUUUACGUCAAAAUGACAUUUGAAGUGACGAAGCGCCAUGACAGAAAAGCGGAGUUGCCAGUAGAUGAAAAGCUACCGAGCAUUAUUGCCAGUGCUAAACUGCUCGGGAAAAUUUACCCAAAAACCGUCUUUUUCGAGACAAUAGUUAACCAGUAAGCUUUAAAAAUCUCUAUUGGUAUCAUUCCUUUCUUGCUCAAAUUAUUUUCUUCAUGGCAAUACUGAGUUGACAUAUCUAGACUUUGACAUAUCUAUAUUAUCUAUCCUUUUGAAUUUGUACAUAUAUUUAAUAAUCAUUCAUUCCUUAGUGUGAUUGUACUCAGAGGUACAUUGGACAUUUAAAUCUUUAAAAAGAUGCAAUCUUUGAGCAGAAUCACACUUAAUUUUUAGAUUACCAUUAAUUUUGUGUAGACCAAACAUUGCAGCCAGUUUUAUAUUUGAUUUAGUUUGUAUGUUCAAUUUAUUUAAUUAAUGUUUUAAUCAGUGGAAUUCUAAGUUUACGGAGACUGAAUAUGAUAGUUUCUCAAUAAAAAUCUCUGAUGGCGGCAGUUUACUGUCAAAAAUAAGUAAACACAAAACACUUGUUAUACCCAUGAAGCUAGCGUCCAUAAGCUUCGACGAUCGAGGACCACUUUACUGCUAGCUAGACAGGGAGAUUAAAAAGUAAAUGUUAAGCACCAAAAAAUACUGCCGCCGCCUCAGAUAUUUUUGUAUGGCAAUGCUAUAUUAAGACUACUGAUUCUACAUACCAAAACAGUGUGACCAGUUUUCGAAUACAAUAUCACAGUUUCAAGCCAAAUCUUUGUAUAAGUUAGCAUUGUAAUAUGUAAAUAUUAAUUGAGAUUAAGAUGUUUAGAUGCUGGUACAUGUCUGACUGAUAUUUAUUCACUACUCUAAUUUAUUUUCCUGUAAUUUAUUUUAUUUUAUUUGGCAACACUUUUGAUCAGUACUACCAACUGACAGUAACAACAAUUCCAAAUCAAAAUUUCCAUACUUUUGUGGAAAAGUUUCACAGAUUUCCGUGGAGAUAUGCUGAUUUCCGACGCUCCUGUACUGGCCAUAAGUAGGUUGUCAAAAAUACUAAAAACUUUAUUUAUCUUUUUAUUUUAAGUUGUUGUUAGGGUCUUCUUAAAUUCUUCAUUUUUCAAUAUUCAUUUGGACAUGUACCAUCAUCUCGUAACCAAGGUUUUCCGAUGUUCAAACAUCCAAAUAUCAUUCGCUGUGUUGCUUUUCAUGUGUCUCAAAACGGAUUUUUCUGUUUUUAGAAUCCUGCUUGAGCGGAGAUUUUUUACUUGAGGCUCUGGUGCUGUUAAGAUAGAACAUUCGUACGGUAGAUGUCGCUAUGCGCCUCCCUACGGAAGGUAUGGAGAAAUUCACACGCACGGCGAGUUUAGGUAUUUUUUCUUUAACUAUAAAAAUUGUAGCUAUGUUCUAGAGCUAGCUAAUAAUGUAAAUAUUACGAUCUCAUCUAGCAAAUAUCUCCGACUCUCGCGAGAAUUUUUAAUCUCGCGACUUAUCAAAAGGAAAGAAAAAGAGCCUACAAGAAAAAAGCGUACUCCCAUCUUUUAUAUCAUUUAACACCUCUGGUGUUGCAGGUGUCCGUGAGCGAUACUUGCUUACCAUCAGACGAUUCAUCUGCUCAUUUGCCUCCUUUAAAAAAAUGUGAUGUGUGAGGAAGAAUUCACUCUCUAACAAAACGCGUCUAUUACGACAGAUAUGUCCGCUAGGUGGCGCAAGCGCGAACAGGCGUCCGUUCCGUAGCGGUGCGCGGCAAUCACUAUGGCUAGACACCAAAAUUGGUGUGGGCCGCAUGUACUUGUAGCGACGCGACGAAAUCGCGGAGUGAGCCACGCCUGACCCUACACUCCAUUCUUAUCUACUGGGUGCUCUGGUGUCUCGGGCAAGCUGGUUUGCACGCAUAGUCUGACUUAGCAUCUGAGGCUUAGCCGGUGUGAUGUGACGCUGACAUAGUGCACCGAAUCGCUGCCGCUUGAGCUGAAUCAUCAGUCAUGCGAGCUCACAGUGCUAUUUCGCCCUAACUUCGCCUCCCCCUCGUAGUCUCUCCUUCCUAGUCCUUGCUGCAGGAUCUGCUGGCUGGAGCUACCCCAAGUAUCAGUAUCAGUGAUGUAUUAGGAAGAAUUCAACCUUUUUUUUGGUUAUCUUGGAGUUUGACCACCGGAAAACCUCGGUAUAUGUGAUAUGAUUAUUUCUACGGCUCGCGCCUGUACAGCUAUCGUCUAGUCGUUAGUCUAUUUAUUUUUACGUUCUCGCUACGAUGUUGGUUAGAUUAAGUUUUCGAAUAAAAUGAUUAUUGAACA